GAAAAAUCAUUGGAUACUUCGGUAUCUACUAGUUAUUUUUCACUCGAUGAUCAAACAUCGGGUAAAAAUUUGAAAGUCAAACGUUAUGUCAUAGCGCAGAUGCUAGACAAAAAAUUGAUUGCGGUUCAACCUAAUCCGACUGAUUUGAAACAAUGGCCCUUAUUUUUGGAAAUACCCGAUGAAUUAAAAUUGGAUUCGGAAAGGCCUCUCUGCUUAGGAGACAGCGUAAUUAUUUCGAAAUAUAAUUGGAUUGAGGGGAGAAGAGAAAUUGACACAGCUAACUGGAUGUUUCAGAGCCGAAUUAAUGCCCAGGCCAUAGCUUUAGAAAUUCUGGAUGUUUCGCUAGCCCCGUGGGUAUUUAACACUGGUUUUGUUGUGGAUAUUAAAAAGCGAAAAGGAAAAGAAGUUAAAAAUACUAUGGGCUCAGCGCUUGUAGUUGCUUUCGGAAUGGAGCGAACUGCGAAACUUUUUAACCGACAAUGCGCAGAAGAUCUCGACUUUGAGAAUCUUCAAAGGGGAAGCCUGCUUGAUAUGCAACUAGCGAAAAUUCCAGAAGGCCAAAGAAAAUUCUCAUGUUCUAGCUAUAGCCAUGCCAAAUCGAGAAAAAUGGCGUUGGUUAGCACGAAAUAA